GUGCGGAGGCUUUCCACCGUGGUCAGCCUCGCAUCAUCGCCAUCUUGCCUUGUUGGACCUGCAGUUGGUUGAUGUGGAUGCCGCCCUGCGCGAGUUAAUUUUUGGCUGUCAAGCUGGACGACGAGUCGACGACGACGACGACGGCGAUUGAUUGACGUUCAUGCAUUUGACGCUAAGAACAAUCAGCGGCAUCCUCUGCAGGUGAGCGCAGCCUCGAGUGUUCGCAACUUGCAUUGAUUUCGGAGAGUUCAGAGCGAGAGCGCGAGAGAGAGCGCGAGAUAGAGGGAGAGAAAUUAGACUAGGAGAUGGUGGUUUGGGUUGCGCCAAGGUAGAUUUUCAAGGGAGAGGGAAGGAGGGAGGGAGGCGGGACGGGGGGGAGGACGUGGAGGUUCCUUUACCUUUUCUGUUCUCCUCCUUCUUCUGCGGCUUGUCUGGCUCAUUUGGCCCUCCAGCCCCGCUCCACAUGCUCUGGUAUUGCUGCCUUGGCAUGCAUCUCUGCCAUUUCAUCUUCCAAGUCUUGCCAACUCUGCAUCUCUUAGGUGAUAUGUUGUCUAUAAGUACCUUUGAUAUUAAUAUGGCGAGGUGAAGUUCUUGUUGCCGAAGCUUAAGAGUUGUAGAAGUUCUUGUAAUCAAGAAUACACACGUGAUAUCAAGCGUCUAUGAUCCCCGCCUCUAUCACUUUGAAACCAACGAUGUUAUUACACCGACUGUUGAGCUGCGUUCGUUUCGUAGCUGAAGAGUUUCGAAAAAAUACCUAUGUCGUGAUUAGUGCGUGAGCGGUCUAGGGUGGUCAAAUGCGGUAGUCACUUGUGCGAGGUAAUGUCCAGCAAGUUGGUGGCAUGGCUGCAGUAGGGCGACAUGAAAGGACCCCGGGUGACUUCGAUACCAAUGGCUUUUCCUGCAAAUUAAAGUAGGAUUCUUGUGAUAAUCAAUUUCGCAAGCAAGGGUUUCAUAAUUUGGGGAACAGUUUUGGAGUCUCUCGAGAUUUGAAGACGCAGACGAGCGAUGGGAGCAGCAGGGGAGAUGGCAGCAGCUUCGCCAGCUAUCUCUAAGGCUUCUAAGACCAGCAGUGCCCCUCCCCCUCCAGCUACCACGACCUCUCCGAUUCCCAUUGCGUCUCAUGAGCCCAUCUCCCAAGCGGGAGCUACUGGCUACAACGAAUGGCUGGCAGCUUUUCAGGCAUACUAUCAGGCGGGAGCUCAGCCACCUGCAGGUGGGUUUCCCCACCCCUACAUGUGGGGAGGGCAGCCCAUGAUGCCACCUCCAUACGGAGGGCCUCACCCUUCCUAUGGUGCCAUGUACCCACCUGGAGGAAUGUAUGGACACCCUAUGUACGGGCAGUACGGGGCUCAGGUGGCGGAAGGAAUGACUGGGAUUGAGCAGGGAGCAGACGGAAAAAUAGAGGCCAAGAGUGGCGAAGGUGCGAAGGCUUCCACUAUGAAAAGAUCCAAGGGUAGCAAAGGCAGUCUACAGCUCUUGAAGGUCAGUGGGAGCGGAGGCAAAGGCAAAGGGAAUGGGGUGUCACAAAGCGCGAGCAAUGGCGAAGAAGGAGAACACAAUGGUGAAACGGGAAGUGAUGAGGGUGGUUCCACGGAUGCGAGCAGAGAGGAGAAUGCACAGAACUUGUUGGGAGGCAAGCGGAGUUUUGAGCAAAUGGCAAUGGAGGCCGUUGGGGGGCCACCUUACAUGCCACCCCCGGGUUCUGUAUCGGGUGUCCCACCACCUCCGGUCGGUACCCCAGGGCCAGGAGGAAGCUUGGAUAUGAGCUUAGACUAUUGGAGUGCAGGGUCACUCCCACAGACAAAGGGAGGGAAGCAGGCGUCUGGAAGCCCAUCGACGAGCGCUCCACCGACAGAGAUGUGGCUGACGGACGAGCGUGAGGUGAAACGACAGAGGAGGAAGCAGUCAAAUCGAGAGUCGGCCAGAAGGUCGCGCCUGAGGAAGCAGGCGGAGUGUGAGGAGCUGGGCACCCGAGUGGAUGCGCUGACGGUGGAGAACAUAGCCCUGCGGACGGAGUUGAGCCGGGUUACGGAGGAGUGCAAGAGAUUGCAGGCGGAGAAUGGGUCUCUGAUGCAGAAGAUUCGCAGCACACCGCCUUCAGAGAUGGGUGGUGCACAUGCUGCAGCAGUUGCAGGAGCUCUUGCUUCCGCAGGUGGGGAGAGCGAGGCUGUGGUGUCAGCGAAGGAGAUACAAGAAUUGCACAGUAAUGGAAAUGGACUUGGCUUCGUGCCGAAAGAUGGGAAGCUUGGAGGUAUGAAAGUUCAAGAGAAGCAAGCUGCAGUUGCGUAGGCCUAGAGGUUGACUGCGAGCUGCUGAUGAAUCGGCGGGUUCCCUACUAAACGAUUUUGCUGUUUUUGAAGAAUAUUUAUGGUUUCUUUGAUUUUUACCUUUCUCAAAAACUGUGUUCAGCCUUGCACAAACAUUUGAAUUCUUCCACAAAUGGGUGUGUCCUGUUCAAGGGAUGGUUGGUGACUGGGAGAGGUUGGAGUGAACACUUAAUUUCACUGCUGCUUUGGUCCAGCAUUCUUUGAAAGUAGCAGCGAACACUCAAAGUGAUGUUUAGGAUAUUGGUAGUUGGUGCCAUUUUUUGCUGUCAUGCUUGAGAACUGCUAAUUGCCUAUGUAGAUUUUCACACGUUGAGCAAUGGUGGUUUCACUCGUAUUUAAAAACAAUUUUUCCUUGAAGGUUUCGUGUAAGUACAUGGUGGAGAUACCUAUGUUAUUACUAGCGACCCUUCUGGUAUCGCUUCUUUUUGUCUAGGUUAUCAAUCACUGGGUAUAAAUUUAUUUACAGUG